AUGAGAGCUGCUUGCAAACUUGCUUCCCGUGUACUGAACUUUGCAGGAACAUUGGUUAAGCCAUCAAUUACUACAAAUGAAAUCGACAUGGCAGGGCAUCAUAUGAUAGUUGAGGCGGGUGCUUAUCCUUCUCCACUUGGCUAUGGCGGAUUUCCUAAAAGUAUCUGCACAUCAGUAAAUGAGUGUGCCUGCCACGGACUACCUGAUUCAACACAGCUGCAGAAUGGAGACAUCAUAACUAUUGAUGUAAAUGUGUUCCUAAAUUAUUUCUUAUGGAGAAAGAAAGCAGAGUAUGCCAUUUCAGCGCACUACGAUCAAUCCUGUGUCUGGGAGGAAGUUCUUCAGAACAAGUGCUUAAACAAGUACAAUCACACUGCUAUCGACGGGCAAUUUUACUUUUAUCAGUUUGAGGGCCUGUGA